AUGACUGGGGACCGCACAGGUCAAGUGUUUCGUUCAGCUCCGGAGGCUAACACCAUGUUCCUGCGGCCCAAACGGGCCAAUACGUUUAUGGAAGAGUUCAGACAGGGGAACCUGGAGCGGGAGUGCUACGAGGAACAGUGCAACAUUGAAGAGGCUCGCGAGUACUUUGAAGACACCCAGAAGACAAAAACCUUCUGGGCUGUUUACUCUGUUCUUCCUCAGCUCUGUAAGAACAAAAAUGGCGGCUGUGAACAUUUCUGCAAUGUGAUCCAGGGAAGUGUUCAGUGCUCCUGUGCUGAUGGAUACUUCCUGGCAUCUGAUAAAAAAUCCUGCCAUUUCAAUGAGACCAUCAGAUGUGGUUUCAUCCUCCCCAAAGCGCUGCAGACUGUUUUGAGGGACCAUCAGACAAAAACAACGGAGGGGAAUAUAACUGCACUUAACAGCAGUGUCAACUCCACAGAGCCGAUCCAGGAUGCUGAUUUAAUGUCCGAUUUAGUAUCUGAAAACAGAACCCAAAUUCCAGCAGAGACUUGGACAACUUUGGAAAGUCUGAUUGACUCUGAAAUAGAAGAUGAGUCACAUCGCCAGUCAGGGUAUUGUCCACCAGGAGAAUGUCCAUGGCAGGCCCUCCUUUUCAAUGAAAAUGAAACAGUUUAUUGUGGAGGAACAAUACUCAAUGAAAACAUCAUCCUGACAGCUGCCAGCUGUGUAAACCAGUCAGAUGACUUCAACGUCAGGCUCGGUGAGUUUGACAGGUCAGUGAAUGAAGGUACUGAAGUUGACCACAAAGUGGAAGCAGUCCUCGCCCACAGAAACUACAAUCCGCAAACCCACGAUAAUGACAUUGCACUCAUCAAACUGGCUACACCUAUCAAGUUCACGAGGUUCAUCCUGCCAGUCUGCAUUCCUGAGCAAGACUUUGCCAAAAAGGUCCUGAUGCGGGAGCCAGUAGCUGUGGUCAGUGGUUUUGGACGUCUUGGGGAGGCUCAGAUUCCAUCCAUGAUCAUGAAGCGCCUCGUUGUAACCUACGUGGACCGUCAAACCUGCAUCGAAUCCACUCGGUAUCUAGUCACUGAUAGGAUGUUCUGUGCUGGCUACAAAUAUAGGGAUGCUUGCCAAGGUGAUGGUGGUGGGCCACACAUCACACGUUAUAAUGACACCCACUUUAUCACUGGCAUUGUGAGUUGGGGCGAAGGCUGCGGACGCAAGGGCAAGUAUAGCUUCUACACCCGGGUGUCCAAGUACAUUCGAUGGAUCCAUGAGGGUAUCAAGAAGCUGGUGCACAGUGGCACAAAUGGCGGCAGUCAGCAUCCUGCAAUAAAAAGGCUUUACCUGUAA